CAGCCCUGUCUUCGAUUUUGGCGCGCUGCCGCCCUAAUAAAGUAACGGAUGAAACACUUUGAAAGCGAUAAUUGAAAGGAUAAGUAACAGGUUAUUACUAAAAUAAUUAAAAUGUUUAAUUUGAAUCAACUUCCAGGACUCACGGACCUUGGCCCAGAAGAGCUGAUGCAGCUGAAGGAUAGAAUGGACAUGCUCAUGGAGAGAGUAUUGGACGGCAAUGAUUAUUUUGACCCCGGAGCGUUGGCGGUGAUGGAGACAACGCAGGCUUACAGCCUUAAUGUAGACGAAUUGUGGGUGCGUCAGGUGCCCCACAUUCACAAGAUUUUCGUCGUCCUCCUCGUGAGCGUUCAAUCUGGGAAGCUCACCCUAGUCUAUGCUGCAUGUCGAUGUGGUAUGCCUAAAAAGCGCAAAUACAUUAGCAACGCCGACGACCUACAGGGCGUACUCUUGAUGGUGCUGAGACAAGUGCCAAACCACUUGUAUCGGAACGUCGUAGCGAUUGUGAGCGAUCGCGCACCUGUAAACAUGCAGGCGCUCAAAUCGUUGCGGCGCUACAUCAAGUCGCCGACGGUUAUAUAUGAUGGCACACACCUGAUGCGCACGUUAAACAAAAAGGAAUGCCCAGAUCCUUUUGCGACUAAGGUGUUGCAGGAAUUGUUGUCCACCCUAUAUGAAAAGGAAACAUUCCGAAACCAUCUUUAUAUGAUCCGCGACAGUUGUCGGUCGCGAAAAUACGAAAACCUGGCGCUCAUUUGGGACUUCGUGAGCGCCUCGGAGGACAUAUUAAAGAAUGUAUUCGCUAUAGAUGGCAAUCAAUUCAACUUGUCCAGUCUAAUAAAUCACAGGCUGGAGCAAUAUGGGAUGGUGGCCAUCCGGCAUGUCCCUGAGAUGUCGCUCGAGGAGUCGAGGUCUGUGAAUGGAAUUGCUGCGUUCUUGGUGUAUGAGGCCACUAAAUAUAUGGAUGAGGAUGAGUAA